AUGAUUCACAAUUCAAUACCUGAUCAAGCAUCGUACGAGUUUCCCUCCUCUCCCUCUCAAUAUCUCUCUGACUCUGUAUCUCAUCCUGAUUCUCUUGCAUCUCCUCAGUAUAACCGGAUUAUCUACUGUACAUCUCUUGCAUCUCCACGAAUUGAAGAAGAUGAAUCGACGAAGACGGCGAAGUUCGCCGACGCAGCAGGCUCCAAAACAACACCACACAGCCUCAGAUCGGACACCAAACACCGAGAAUCGCCUCAAGAGAUCUCUCCUCUUCACAAUCGUUCGCUAGACGACAAAACUGAGGAAGAAGAAAGUGGCUGCGCGUGUUUUUAA